UAAAAACUCUUAGAAAAAAAAACUUUGCAUUACUUGAAGAGAUUGUUUUGUUUCUUCUCUUGCUUCGUCGAUUCGAUCUCUGAUUCUUUUGCGUUCACAUUUCUGAUAGUCUUUCACAUAUUCCCUCCAUCAUCGACUACGUACGUCCCUUCCAUUUCGUUAUCAUCUUUAAUAUAAACUCACAAUCCUGAUUUUUCAAACCCUAAUUUCGAUCGUUGAAACAAUUCGGGUUUUAAAGGGGCUCGGAUUGGAUUUUUGGAGGGCUGUGUUGAUUGGGAAUUGGUGAAGAUGAGUGCUCAGAAGAAGAGGAAUUUUCAGAUAGAAGCUUUUAAGCAUCGGGUCGUGGUGGAUCCGAAAUAUGCCGAGAAGACUUGGAAGAUUUUGGAACAUGCGAUUCACGAGAUAUACAAUCACAACGCUAGUGGACUUAGUUUUGAGGAGCUUUAUAGGAAUGCUUACAAUAUGGUUCUGCACAAAUUUGGAGAGAAACUCUACUCGGGACUUGUGUCAACAAUGACAUUGCAUCUAAAGGAAAUAGCAAAAUCAAUUGAGGCUGCUCAGGGAGGUUUGUUUCUGGAAGAGUUAAACAGGAAAUGGGCAGAACACAACAAGGCAUUGCAAAUGAUCCGAGAUAUUUUGAUGUACAUGGACAGGACUUUCAUCCCUAGCACACACAAAACCCCAGUUCAUGAGCUAGGGUUGAAUUUGUGGAGGGACAACAUUAUCCACUCUAACAAAAUCCAAUCAAGGCUUCAGGAUACACUCCUUGAACUUGUGCAGAGAGAAAGGACUGGUGAAGUUAUAAACAGGGGGUUGAUGAGGAAUAUAAUAAAAAUGUUAAUGGAUUUAGGUUCUUCUGUUUACCAAGAUGACUUUGAGAAACCUUUUCUGGAGGUCUCAGCUGAUUUCUACCGUGGUGAGUCUCAACAGUUCAUCGAGUGCUGUGAUUGUGGGGAUUAUCUAAAGAAAGCUGAGAGACGUCUUAAUGAAGAGAUUGAGAGAGUCUCCCACUACUUGGAUUUGAAAAGUGAAGCCAAGAUCACCUAUGUGGUUGAGAUGGAGAUGAUUGAGAGUCAAAUGCAGAGAUUAGUCCAUAUGGAAAACUCAGGCUUAGUUAAUAUGGUUGUGGAUGACAAAUAUGAGGACCUGGGAAGGAUGUAUAGUUUGUUCCGCAGGGUGCCUAGUGGACUCCCAAUAAUUAGAGAUGUGAUGACUUCUCACAUUCGGGAUACAGGUAAGCAACUAGUUACUGAUCCAGAAAGGUUAAAGGAUCCUGUAGACUUUGUGCAGCGGCUCUUGGAUGAGAAGGAUAAACAUGAUAAGAUUAUAAAUUUGGCAUUUAACAGUGACAAGACAUUCCAGAAUGCUUUGAAUUCCUCAUUUGAAUAUUUUAUAAAUUUGAACCCUCGGUCUCCAGAGUUCAUAUCUUUGUUUGUGGACGAUAAGCUUCGGAAAGGACUGAAAGGGGUUAAUGAGGAAGAUGUUGAGAUUGUACUAGACAAGGUGAUGAUGCUUUUCCGUUACCUCCAAGAGAAGGAUGUGUUUGAAAAGUAUUACAAGCAGCAUUUGGCAAAGAGGCUUCUGUCAGGGAAAACUGUCUCUGAUGAUGCAGAGAGAAGUUUGAUAGUUAAGCUCAAAACAGAAUGUGGGUAUCAAUUUACAUCAAAGUUGGAAGGUAUGUUCACCGACAUGAAGACAUCUCACGAUACCAUCCAGGGGUUCUAUGCAAGCAUGGGUGCUGAAAUAGCAGACUACCCUACACUUGCUGUCCAGGUCCUCACAACAGGCUCUUGGCCGACUCAGUCGAGUGUCACUUGCAACCUUCCGUCAGAAAUCCUGGGGAUAUGUGAUAAGUUUCGGAUGUAUUAUCUUGGGACCCACACUGGGCGGAGGUUGACCUGGCAGACAAAUAUGGGCUCGGCUGAUUUGAAAGCAACAUUUGGCAAGGGCCAGAAGCACGAGCUGAAUGUUUCCACAUACCAGAUGUGUAUCCUUAUGUUAUUCAACAGUACUGAUCGGCUAAGUUACAAAGAAAUAGAGCAGGCAACGGAGAUACCUGCCUCGGACUUGAAAAGGUCUCUGCAGUCUUUGGCCUGUGUUAGGGGGAAGAAUAUCCUGCGGAAAGAGCCUAUGAGCAAAGAAGUGGCGGAGGAUGAUGCCUUCUUUUUCAACGACAAGUUCACAAGCAAGUUAUUCAAGGUUAAGAUAGGUACUGUUGUGGCACAAAAGGAGUCUGAACCAGAAAAGCAGGAGACCCGGCAGAGAGUGGAGGAGGACAGGAAGCCCCAGAUUGAGGCGGCAAUUGUGAGGAUCAUGAAGUCGCGGCGAGUGCUUGAUCACAACAAUAUUGUUGCUGAGGUCACAAAGCAACUGCAAUCACGAUUUCUGCCAAACCCUGUUGUAAUAAAGAAACGAAUUGAGUCCCUUAUUGAGCGCGAGUUUUUAGAAAGGGACAAAGUGGAUAGGAAGUUGUAUCGAUACCUUGCUUGAAAAAUUUACUGUUUGAUUUGUCUCAUUUUAAUGGGCUUUUCAUGCCUUGCUGGCGGAAUUGUAAGCUGGAUGUUGUUGGUGAAUCAUUGCAGGCUCAGUUGGGUUUUACUGAACAUUUAUUCCAUGCAUUUGGUGCCUCUUUGCAUUAUA